AUGACCGCCUAUAGGAUCGAGCCCUGUACGCUCGCCGACGUUCCGGCCCUGGCGCGUAACAACAUGAGCGCCUUCUGGACGAACCAGAGUUGGUAUCUCCUCUGGCCCAAGGGUACCAAGCUCGACUUUCUCAUCGAGCAGGCCACUCAGCGCAUACCCAACAAUCUCGUCUGUAACCGCGAGACCCUGCGCCACCAAAAGGCGGUCGACCCGGAAACCGGGGUGCUUCUUGGUUACGCGCGCUGGAAGCUGCCGGCUGGGUACGAGGGGGCCGUCGAGUGGGAAGAUUCGCAGAUUGCAGACGUGAGCGAGGAGGAGAAGCGAGCGCUCAAGGAGCGGUCGGACGUGGCAUGGUGGGAGCCGAUCUCCAUGAAUGAGAUUGACGACUGUUCACCGGAGAAGGAGCGCCUGCUGGCCAAGAAGCCAUACAUUUCCCUCGACUACCUUGCCGUUCAUCCCGAGAACAAGGGCAAAGGGAUUGCCACCGCGCUUGUUGAAACCGGCAUAAGCCUGGCAGAGAAGACGGGCGUCGACAUGUUGGUAUUGGCCUUCGAAGCAGCGUUGAAUAUCUACAAGAAACUUGGCUUCAAGGAAAUCCAUCGCGGGUACCAGGACAAUACCAAGUACGGGGGCGAUGGCUACUGGGUGACGAUACUGGAGUACAAGGUGAACAAAGCGAGCUCAUGA